AUGGUGAAUGUUAUGAAAGGCGUGCUAGUUGAGUGUGAUCCUGCUAUGAAACAGUUCCUGCUUCACCUGGACGAAACGCAAUCACUUGGGAAAAAGUUCAUCAUCCAAGAUUUGGACGAAAAACACCUCUUCAUUUCGGUCGAAAUCGUAGAAGUACUGCAGGCUCGCGUUGACGAUUUGAUGGAUCGCAUCAGUUUCCCGCUGCACGAGAAGGACGCUUAA